GGUUCGUUUGAUUCAGUUAUCGCUGCGUAUUCAUCGUUGGUUGUAUCAGAAAUGUUAUCCAAACUUCAUGGAUUUUUUGUGCUACUAGCAAUUAUCGAAUCUUUAACGCAGAUAGGAGGACACAGAGACUUCCGAGUAUACUUUACAAGCGUGUCAACGAAAUCAUUUUCGACGGAAGUGAAACUAAAUUCUACAGUCGAUACGGCGGCUGGUUCAAUUUCUCUACACAUUAAUGUUUUGACGAAUAUUUUCAAGCCAUACUUACUGGCAUUAGCUUACACCGAUUCUGGCAAUGAUCGUUACGAAUUGGAAUUGUUCAACAGUACCAUCGAUUUAUGUAUGUUUUGGGAAAAUAACCAAUACGAGCCAUUGCUGCAAAUAGCCGUUAAAUUGUUGAAAAAACAAAUGGACGGAUUUUUGGCAGGAAGAUGUCCAAUCAGGAAGCGAUUAUAUUCCAUGAAAGAUGUUGUCAUCAAUCCGGACGUAUUUCCACAUACAAUGCCCGAGAAGAAAGCUUUUAUUCAGCUUACGUUCAUGUCCAAAGACGACUCCUAUUUCAAGAAUCUUGGAAUGCAUUCCGGUUAUGUAAGGAUUGAAAGAAUUCAUAAAACAAAGUUGUGAGUCGUUUUUGAAUCGUAAAUCGACAACAAGUUGAAGAUUAAAAGUUGU